AUGAGUGAGUCAUAGUUAAAUAAUAAUAAUGAUAAUGAAGAAAAGCCUCCUUAAGAUCUUCAAUUAGUAGAAGAAGAUGAAGCAAAACAAAACGAAGCUCCAAACGAAGAAGCUCUGGCAGUAGUAGAUGUAGAAUUAGAAGAAGCAGAAGAAGAUAUUCCUAAUGAAGAAUUAGAACAAUUAUAAAAUAAGCCUAAGAAGAAGGUAAAGAUCCUGCAGAAGUACCAAAAAGACGAAAAAUAAAAAAACUUAAAACCCUUGAAUAAAAUAAAGUAAGUGAAAUAUAAAGUAUUGAAGCAAAAUAUGUUUAUUUGGGUUGAAAAAGAUGGAAUAAAAAUUUCAUUUUAAGAUCCUCCAAUACUUUCUUAAGAUUCUUAUGAUUAAGAUUUUUAGUUUUUUGUUAAAUAUUAAAAUGAUUAAAUUACUAAAUAUGAUAUUUCUUAAAUUGAAGAUUUUGUAAGUCAUGCUUCUGUAAAACAUAAUUACAUUUAGUCUUUAUUAAAAUUAAUGGAUGAAAUUUACAAUCCUUCUAUUUACAGUGAUACAACAUGGCCUGAAAAUGUUAAGAAAGAAUUCAUUGCUUAAUUACAUAAAUUUAUGGCAUCAUUAACAGAAGCAUCUUAAUAAAAUGAAGGUUUUACAAAAUUAUAUAUUCCAAAAGAAAAUUUAUCGGAUACAUAAGCAGUUUCAUAAGAUAAAGAUUUAAUCUAAAGAUUAGAAUCAACAUUAAUAUAUUGGUAUAGAUAAAUUAAAGAAAUCGUAAAUAACUAAGACUCUUAAUAAGAUUAAGAAAAUGCAGGUCCUUUAGACGAAAUUACAUAUUGGCGUCGCAGAAAAGAUAAUUUAUAAUUUAUUUAAAGAUAAUUAGAAAAUCCUGACUUGUAAAGAAUAAUAUAAAUACUUAAAUUAGUUGAUUCUUCUUAUGUUCCUAGUUUUGAGGAAUUAACAAAAAACAUAAAUUCCGGAUCUAUUGAGAGUGAAAAUAACUUAGCAUUUUUAAAUUCUUUAUAUGAACCUUGUAAAUAAUUAGAAAUAGCUACUCCAAAAGAAAUACCUUCGAUUUUGCCUUCUUUAUUAAAUCGAGUUAGGAUGAUUUGGGAAUUUUCUGAACAUUAUAAUUCAUAAGAAAGAAUAUCUGGUUUAUUGCAUAAAAUAUCAAAUGAAAUAAUAAAAAGAUGCAAAAAAUAAAUUAAUAUAUAAGACAUGUUAGAUGGAGAUGUAGAAAAAUGCAUGUAAGAUUUAAGAGAUUCUAUUGAAUGCGGAAGAAAAUGGAAAAAAAUAUACGAAAGAACAUCUGAAUUAAUAAAGAAAAAAAAAAAAGAAAACGCCACUAAAAAAACAUGGGAUUUCAACCAUAAUUCAAUCUUUGCAUAAAUGGAAGCUUUUGUAUAAAGGUGUACUGAAUUAAUCGAAAUAUGUACAGGUUAAUUACAAUUUGCUGGAAAAGGUUCAAAUAAUCAAAUUCCAUAAUUUGGAGGAUCAAGAGGGCCCGAAAUAGAAAGUAUAUUGGAAGAAAUUAAAGAAAGGUUCAAAAAAUAAUUAGAAAAAAUCAGAGGAUCUAAACAAGAUUUAAUUCUAGACGUAAAAGCUUCCAAUUGGCAUGAUCUGUUUAACAUGUUCAAGAAUGGGAUGAAAGACCUCGAUGUAAUGUACUAAAAUAUAAUUAAUUUUGGCUUCGAUUAAGUUUCUACAGUUGAAUAGGGCGUUGAAAUGUUAGAAGCAUUCGAUUAUUUAGCCAAAAGGGAAAACAUUAAGGCUGCAAUUAAAAAAAAAGCCGGGGAAGUUGUUUAGUUGUUUGUUUCAGAGUUAGAUAAAUCGAAGUUUGAGUAUGAUAAUAUGAAAAAAAACCAAGGACAAUUAAAUAUUCCACUUUAACAUGGAAAAUAUUCUGGGCAGGCAAUUUGGGUGAGAGGAUAAAUACAUAGAAUUUAAAAAAUGAAAGAUUCUAUAGAUAAACUAUAUUUUAUUCCAGAUUAAUUAAAAAGAAGUGCUUUGGAUAAAUAUGAUUAACUUUUUUAGACUUUUAAGCAAUUUAUAGUGCAUUAAAAAUUUAAAGAAUGGAAAGACGAAAAUAAAGACUUAGAGGAUGCACCUUUGGGAGCCAAGUUUUUAGAUAAAUCAGUUCUUAUAAGACCUGAGGAAAAUAUUAAUAAUAAUAAUUAAAAAGGAGGGAAGGAAAAUGCCAAUAAAGCAAAAAAUAAAAUGGAGCAUUUAGAAUAAAAUUUCGAUAGAUAAGCUGAAAAAUUAAUGCAUGAAGUAGUGGCUUGGAAAAAGUUAAUGCCUUUCGGUAUCAUAGUCCCGAGUUAUGCAGAAGAAUUUACCACUACUUAGAGGGAAAAUCUGAGGGUUUUGAAAGAAUAUGUAAUGUUAGUGGUUAGGGAUUAGAAUAAAAUCAUUGAUUAUAUGGAUGAUAUGGAAAAGAAGCUUUUUAAAGACUAUUAUAGUCAGACUGAGAAGGUUAUUUAUCCAGGAUUACAUAAAUUGAAGUGGAGUUCGAAAGGUAUAUUGGAGAUUUUUGUUAAAUAAUGUAGAUAGAGUUGUAAUGAGAUUUAUAACAAGUUGAGAAUGUUUAAAUAAAAUACAGAAAAAAUAGACUAGAAAUGUCAAGAAAUAGCUGGUAGACUGUUAAUAAAUAUUAAAAAGAAAAAAAUUAUUGAAUUGAAAGUUUUCGAGGAAGAAUAAGAAAAACACAGAAAAGAUAUGUAAAAUAAAAUAAAAGCAGCAUUGGAAGAAAUAAAGAGAAUCUUGUGUGAAACAUAUGAACCUUUUUUACAUAAUGGAAUUGAAAUUUAAAAAGUCUGGUAUGACUAUGUCAAAAUUAUAGACUCGAAAAUUGAAGAUGCUUUAAAAAAAGCUAUCAAAAAUAGUCUAUUAGAACUCCAUAAGGUAAUAGGAGAUGAUAAAAUACCCGCAAUUCCUAUUUUUAAGCUUAGUUUGGAAAUCGAAAACAAUGAAGUGGCUUUCAAACCAUCUAUUCAAUAUCUAUAAUAGAUGAUUACAGUUACUAUGUCUGCUAUGAACGAGAUUUUUAAAGACUUUAAAAGAAUGUAGAUAAUAAUGAGUUCGGAAAGGAGAGAAAGACUUAAAGAAUUUCGACUUUUGAAAGAAAAAGAAAAUAAAAAUAACCCUCUGAUGAUGUAAAGGAAAGGCGCAGAAGUCCCUACUUAAUUCGAAGAUGAUAUUAUUAAAGGUUUAGAUGAUUAUUUUACGGCUAUAUCAGGGGAUCAUGAUGUAAAGAAGUAUUCUGAGAAAAUUUUGGCUAAUUUAUGUUCGAGUUGCUCUAAAUUAGAAAACGGGUAAUUAAGAGAUCCUUGGAAUUCGAAGUAGUUUUAUUGGAAAUAGCCUUGUAUUAAAGAUUAAUUUUCGAAAUAAAUGCUUAAAUAAGACGAUGAUAUUACCAAUAUUAAAGAUCAUUUGGAAAAAUUCGAGUUUGCGGCUACUGAAAUUCAAUAGAAUAAUAAAACUAUUAAUUAAUAAGAUUGUAUUGUUUUGGAUAAUACGAAUAUUAAAAAUGUUAUUGUAGAUAUACUAAUUUAAUGGUAAAAUGCAGUAUUAAAAGCGGUUUAAGAAAAAGCUAUUAAAGAUUUAAAUGAUUUACAUGCACUUUUUUAAAAUAGUGAAGUUCAUUUAUCUCCUACUCCUUUAGAUAUUCAUUAAUUGAAGAAAAAUAUGGAAUCUUUAUCAAAACUUAAAAAAGAGAAACCUGAAUAUGAAAAAAGAUUAAAACCUAUAGAAGAUAAGUUUAAGCUAUUAGAAGAUUCAUAAAUAAGUCUAAAGGAGGAAGAAAAUAUUAAAAAAAUGAACCUAAGAGAUGCUUGGCAGGGAUUCUAGAAUAUGCUGGAAAGAAUCGAAGUGAGAAAUUAAAAAGUUUAUAACGAUUUAUAUUUGGAGACUUGUAAAAACUUAGAUGACUUUAGAAAAGAUACUCAAGAUAAUAAAAUUUAUUUCACAGCAAAUGCGCCUUUUACAGUCACAAAUACUUCUAAUGAAAAAGCGUUUUAAAUGUUAAAUGAAUAUAAAGAUAUUGUAAAAGCACUUAGAAGUAGGGAAAAAGAUAUGAAAUUCGCUUUUGAGUUAUUCAAUAUUAGCUACGAUUAGUGCGAAGAGUUAGAUUAUGUUGAAAAAGAAAUCGAAAAUUUAGAAAAAGUAUGGAAAUUAAAAGAUGAUUGGGAUAGGGAAUGGGAUUAAGUUAAAUCUAUGAAAUUUAAAGAUUUUGAAUAUGAAAGAUUAGAUGAUUUAGCUGAUGAUUAUUAAUUAUUAAUAAAUGAAUAUCCUAAAGAAAUGAAAAGAUGGGAAGUAGUAAAUAAUUUGAGAAAUACAAUCGAGUCUUUUAGACAAACUUUACCACUUAUAAAAAUGUUAGGAGAUAGAUCUAUGAGAAUUAGACAUUGGGAAAAAUUACAAAAACUACUAGGCUAGUUAUUAGAUUAUGAUUCCGAAUAAUUUAAUCUUUAAGAGAUUUUUAGAAUAGGACUUCUUUCUUAAAAAGAAGCAGUAGUUGAUGUUUGCGAAGUUGCACGAGAAGAAUACAAAAUUGAAUUUGCAUUAUAAACAAUUAGCGAAAAAUGGGAAGUUUUAGAAAUUUAAAUGGAAGAACAUAAAAAAGGAUGCUAUAAAAUAAAAAAAGCAGACGAAAUAUAUAAUAUAUUGGAAGAUCAUAUGGGUAAACUUUCGGCUUAAAAAACAACUGCUUAUUAUGAUUCUUUUAAAACUGAUAUUGAAUAAUGGGAAAAUGCUUUAUAAAAUAUUAUUGAAACAUUAGAUGCUUUACUUUAAGUUUAAAGACAAUGGAUAUAUUUGGAAAGUAUUUUCGCAUCAUAAUAGAAUGAAUAAGAUAAAUAAUUAGUAGGAGAUAUUGCUAAAUUCUAGAAAAUAGAAAAAUAACUCCAAAAUUACAUGAAUAACAUUUUCAUUAGCAAAAAUGCCAAAAAUGCUCUUAGUCAGGAAGGAUUCCUUCAAGAACUUAUAAUAAUGAGCAAACACUUAGACGAGAGCCAAAAAAUCCUUUUCUCUUUACUAGAGAAGAACAGAAAAGAAUUCCCUAGAUUUUACUUUUUGUCUAAUGACGAUCUUUUCGAAAUUCUUGGAAAUUCAAAAGAUCCUUCUAAAGUAAAUAAACACAUAAAAAAAUGUUUCGAAGGUAUCAAAACGUUAUCUUUUACUUAAACCUUUGUCGCAAGCGCAAAAGGAAGACCAUAAGAAGCUUUCGAAGUAACCCAAAUGAUAUCUCCAGAUUAGGAAUCUGUGAAAUUAUAAUAAUCUGUCAAAUGCGAAUAUGGGGUUGAGAAGUGGCUCAAAUAAGUAGAAAUAAGAAUGGUCGAUACACUCAAAAGAGAACUCCUAAAAACAUAUUAAGGAAUAAGAAAACGAGAAGCAAUGCGUUGGGUUGAGAAAUGGAUACCUUCAUGGCCUGGUCAAUUAUUAAUUGUAGCUUCUUAACUUUAUUGGACAUCAGAUUGUGCAAAUGUACUAUAAUAAAUAGGUAAUACAGACAAAACAGACAAAAGCAAAGCUUGGAAAUCUGUUAAAGAAGAAAAAAAUCACUUUUUAAAUGAAUUAACUCGCCAAGUAAGAAAACCAGGAAGUGCUACUGACCGAAAUAAACUAAUAGCUUUAAUUACUAUAGAGGUUCAUGCUAAAGAUAUAAUAGAGUAAUUAAUGAAAACUUGCUUUAAUGAAAAUUAAUUUGAUUGGUUGAAAUAAUUAAGGUAUUGUGCGACUAUAUAAGGAGAUUUAAUGGAAGUUGAUAUUAAAUAAACUAAUACUAAAUUCCCUUAUGGGUAUGAAUAUUAAGGUAAUAAUGGAAGAUUGGUUAUUACUGCGCUUACUGAUAGAUGUUAUAUGACCUUAACUACGGCUAUGAAAUUAAAUAAAGGUGGAGCACCUUAAGGACCUGCGGGUACUGGAAAAACAGAAACAGUGAAAGAUUUGGGAAAAGGAAUGGCUAAAUUUGUACUUGUUUUUAAUUGUUCAGAUGGUUUAGAUUAUAAAUCGAUUGGUAGAAUGUUCUCUGGGCUCAUCUAGACAGGAGGGUGGGGUUGUUUUGAUGAAUUUAAUAGAAUUGAAGUAGAAGUACUUUCCGUUGUGGCUUAAUAGAUGCAUUCUAUUAUGAAUGCUUUGAGAAAAUUAGGUGAACAUAGAGAACUUAAUACUUUAGAUUUCGAAGACGAUGUCAUAUAAAUAAACGAACAAAUGGCCAUUUUUAUCACUAUGAAUCCCGGAUAUGCCGGAAGAUCAGAAUUACCUGAUAAUCUAAAAAGUCUUUUUAGACCAAUUUCUAUGAUGGUACCGGAAACUACUAUUAUUUGUGAAAUUAUGCUUUAAUCAGAAGGAUUUAAAAACGGGAGACCAUUAUCUAUAAAAAUGGUCACUUUAUAUAAUUUGAUGACUUAGUAAUUAUCUAAAUAAGACCAUUAUGAUUUCGGUUUAAGAGCCAUUAAAUCAGUUUUGAAUUGCGCAGGGUAGAUUAGGAGAGAAAAAGGGGCAGAAACUGGAUAUUAAGGAGCCUAAUAAGGAGGUAGGGAAAAAGAUAAAGAAAACGAAUAAGAAGAAAAUAAUUAAGAAUAAAUGAUACUAAUGAAGGCUAUUAGAGAUAUGAAUAUGCCUAAGUUUGUUUAAGAAGAUGUUUUUUUAUUUAAUGCUUUAUUUAAUGAUCUUUUUCCAAAUAUAGAUUUACCGGAAUCUGAAAGCUUAUAACUAGUAGAGGCUAUUGAAAACGAGAUGAAAAACGACAAAUUAAUUCCUAAACCAGAAAUGAUCACUAAGUGUAUUUAAUUAUACGACUCUAAAAAUACCAGACAUGGCAAUAUGCUUGUCGGCAAAAGUCUUACAGGAAAAUCUACUUGUUGGAAAAUUUUACAAAAAGCCCUAACUGUAUUAAGUAAGCAAGAAAAUAAUAAUGAUAAAUAUCAUGCAGUACGUACAGAAGUUUUAAAUCCAAAAACAGUUUCCUUAAAUGAACUUUUCGGAUUUGUAGAUAGAUCUACAUUAGAAUGGAAUGAGGGUGUCUUAUCAUCUAUGAUGUCCAGAUUAUGUAAAGAUGAAUCUUUGGAUUAAAGAUGGAUGAUUUUAGAUGGACCAGUUGAUACUUUAUGGAUAGAAUCAAUGAAUACAGUACUAGAUGAUAAUAAAGUACUUACUCUUUUAAAUGGUGAUAGAAUCUCGUUACCUCCAUAAGUUGGUUUGAUAUUCGAAGUAGAAGAUCUUUCAGUUGCUUCCCCUGCUACAGUAUCUAGAGCUGGUAUGAUUUAUAUAGAUUAGAAUGAUUUAGGAUAUAGACCUUUUAUAGAAGCUUGGAUAAAGAAAAUAUCUGAUUUAGAUGUAUAGGAUUUCUUUUUUGAUUUAAUAGAUAAAUGGAUUAUUAAAUUAUUCAAAGUCCGCCAAAAUUGUAAAGAAUUAGUCAAAUGUACUGACAUAAAUAUCGUUGUGGCCUUAACAAGGUUAAUGGACUCUUUCUUUACAACCGAAAAAAGUACUAUUGGAAUAGAUUUACCUAAUAAAAGUGAAAUUUAUUAUGCUCUAUUGGAAAAAUGGUUCACUUUUGCCCUCAUAUGGUCUUUCGGGGCUACUGUAGAUGAGGAAGGUUAAAAAUAUAUUGACUAUUAAAUGAGAGAUAUCGAAAGUAUAUUCCCUUCAUCGAAUACUGUGUAUGAUUAUUACAUUAAUGUGGACAAAAACGAAUGGUCUUCUUGGGAAGAAAAAAUCAAUGCAAACGCUUGGAAACCAGCUUUAGGUAUUCCUUAUCAUAAAAUGCUUGUACCGACUGUAGAUAGUGCCAGAAGUAGAUUUAUAAUAUAGACUUUGCUCAAAAAUAAGGUGAAUACAUUAAUUGUAGGAAACACUGGAACUGGAAAAACUGCUCUUAUAAAUGGGAUUUUAUCCGACUUAGAUGAAUCUUAAUAUACUUCUAUGAAUAUAGUUUUUUCAGCAUAAACUAAUUCUUUGAAAACUUAAGAUAUGAUAGAAUCGAAAUUAGUUAGAAGGACGAAAUAUAAAAUGAUACCUGAUUCUAAAAAGAUGGUCAUUUUUGUCGACGAUCUUAAUAUGCCGAGAAAAGACACUUUUGGAAGUUAACCCCCUUUAGAGUUAUUUAGAUAAUGGAUGGAUUAUGGAGGCUGGUUUGAUAGAUAAUCUAGAGAUUUAUUUAAACAAAUCUUUGAUAUUUAAUUAAUUACAGCUAUGGGACCUCCUGGGGGUGGUAGAGCUUAAAUAUCAAACAGAUUUUAAGGAAAAUUCAAUUUAAUAGCGUUUACUUUCCCUACUGAUAAUUAAGUAAGGAGAAUCUUCUAGUCUAUUCUUAAUUAUAAAUUUUCUGAAUUCUAAGAAGAAAUUAAACUUUUAUCUGAAAGUAUAGCCUAAGCAACUCUUAAUUUAUUCAAAACUGUCUCCGAAAAUUUCCUUCCUACUCCGAAAAAAUCCCAUUAUGUAUUUAAUUUGAGAGAUAUAUCAAAAGUUAUAUAAGGAGUUUAUUUAUAAGACAAAUUUUAUUGCGAUUCCAAAAUGACAAUAUACCGUUUAUGGGUGCAUGAAUGUUUGAGAGUUUUCCAUGAUAGAUUGAUUUCUUUCGAAGACCGUGCUUAAUUAAAAAAACUUAUUUCAGAUUAACUUGAAGCUACUUUACAGACAAAUAUGAAAGAAUGUACUAAUGAUGAAGAAGAUACUAUAUUUGUAGAUUUCAUGGAAGAAUCUAAUAACGAAAAAAAAAUUUAUAUGGAAAUUCCCCAAAAGGAAAGAUUAGAAUUAAGAAUCUUUGUAGAAAAAAAACUCGAAGACUACAAUGCUAACUAAAGAACUCCUAUGCCUAUAGUUUUAUUCAAUGAAGCUAUUUCCUAUGUAUGUAAAAUCCAUAGAAUCAUUAAAUUAGGAAAAGGGCACGGAAUGCUUGUAGGAGAAGGAGGUUCUGGGAGACAUUCUUUAACUAGAUUAGCAGCAUAUAUUGCUUAAUAUUCUUUAUGGUAAAUUGAAGUUUCCAGAAAUUACAGAAUGAAAGAAUUCCGAGACGACAUUAAAAGAUGGGAUGAAGAAGCCGGUUUUAAGAACAAAAGUGGGGUUUUCUUAUUUAGUGAUAAUUAAAUUGUAAACGAAGGUUUUAUAGAAGACAUAAAUAAUAUUCUCAGUGUAGGUGAAGUUCCUAAUUUAUUCUCUUAAAAAGACGACUAUCCUUAAAUAAAAGAAAAAAUGAAAAAACAAUAUAUUAACCAUUAUAAACUUGACAAAGAUGCAAGAAUUCCAGAUGAAGAAAUCAUCGACUUUUUCUUCACUAGAGUUUAAAAUAAUUUCCAUUUAAUGCUCUGUAUGUCCAAAACAGGUGAUUCCUUAAGAAAUUACACCAGAAUGUACCCUGGAUUAGUAAAUAAUACUACUAUUAUAUGGUUUAUGACUUGGCCUUCUGAAGCUUUAUUGGAAGUAGCAAAUAAAUACCUAAAACCAUUAAAGUUAGAAGAUAAAAUCAAAGAAACACCUAUUCCUACUGCCGUUCCUUAAAAGUCAAUUAACUAACUUGCUCCUUAAUAAGAAAAAUAAUAAUAAACAAAUACAAAUAAUUAAAAGGCUGAGAAAAAAGACCCUGCUCAAAUAAAAAGAGAAGAAGAAGAAGCCCUUCUUUUACAAUAAGAAGAAGAAAGACGUGAAAAUCUAAGAACUGCAAUUUCUGCAUUUUUCUCUAAUGCGCAUAUAACAGUGCUUUAAAUGUCCGAAGAUAUGUUUAAUAAACUAAAAAGAAUGUACUAUGUAACCCCCACUAAUUAUAUAGAACUCGUAAAGGGUUAUGUAGAACUUUUAGGUGCUAAAUAACUCGAAUAUGGGAACGAAAUCACUAAAUUACGUCUCGGUUUGAAAAAACUAGAUGAGGCAGCUGAAAGUUCUGAAGUUUUGAAGCAAUAAUUACAAAUAUCGUAAAUAAAUUAAUAAAAAAGUCAAAAAGAAGUGGAAGAUUUAAUGAUUAGAAUAGAAGGUGAAUCACGCGAUGUGAAUGAAAAAAGUAAAUUUGUAGAAUAAAAAACUGCCAUAGUAGAAAAAGAGAAAGGCGAAAUUAUGCGAAUCCAAGCCGAUGCAGAGGAGGAUCUCCAAAAAGCAAUGCCUGCAUUAAGAAUGGCUGAAGAAGGUUUAGAAAAUUUAAAUAAAAACAAACUUGCUGAAAUAAAAUCAUUCAAUAAACCACCAGAAGGUAUAGGUGAAGUUUUAUAAGCAAUCAUGAUUAUUUUGGGAAAAGAUCCUUCCUGGGCUAGUGCAAAAAAAGAACUUGCAGAUCCUCGUUUUUUAGAAAGACUAAGAGAUGUAGAUAAAGACCAUAUAUCUUAAAAAACACUUCUUAAAAUAGAAAAAUUGACACAUGAUCCCAAAAUGAGUAUAAGUAUUAUUGAUUAGAAGUCCGAAGCAGGAGGCUCUAUGUGGAGAUGGGUUUUAGCAAUGGAAAUGUACGCAAAAUCAUUUAAAGAUAUAGAACCUAAAAGGGCCAAAGUAAAUUAACUGACAGAAAGAUUAGCUAAAUCAGAAGAAGAACUGAAGAAUUUACAAGAAAAUCUCUCAAAAUUAAAAGAGAAAAUUACUACUUUAGAAAAAUAAUUAGAACAAGCCAAAACGGAUAAAUAAUAUUUAGAAGAAUAAAAUAAAAUACUCCUCGAUAAACAAGAAAGAGCAGAAAAAUUAAUUUCCGGUUUAGAAGGUACAAAAGAAGGAUGGAAGGAACGUAAAUAAGUCCUUGAAUAGAAAUUCGAAUUUUUAAUAGGGGAUUCUUUGAUGUCUGCAGCUUUUAUGUCAUAUGCAGGACCUUUCCCGUCCGAAUAUAGAAGAGAUUUUGUCAAAGAUGCCUUACUUGGAUAAGUUAAAUAGCUCAAAAUUGCACACUCAAGAGAUUACAAUUUCCCUGAUUUCCUUGUAAAACCGAUAACGUUUUUAAACUGGAAUUUCAAAGGUUUACCUGACGAUUAAUUUUCCAGAGAAAAUGCAGUUUUGGUUACUAAAAGCAGCAGAUUUGCGCUUAUGAUAGACCCUUAAAUGUAAGCUUUGACUUGGAUUAAAAACACUGAGAGAGAUAUUAACAAGGAAAAAUUAAAAAUAAUAGAUCCUUAAGAAGAUAACUACAUUAGUACUCUCGAAACUUCAAUAGUAUAAGGAAACGUAGUCAUUUUGCAAAAUUUAGAUGAAGAAAUAGACCCUUCUUUGGAACCUUUCCUUAAUAAAUCAAUAAAAAGACAUGCCACAGGAGGUUUAGUUUUAGUACUUGGUGCAGACAAAGAAAUUAAAUAUAAUCCUGAUUUCAGAUUUUAUUUAACAACGAAGCUUUCUAAUCCAAGAUACAAAGCCGAAGUUUCGACUAGAGUUACUUUAGUAAACUUCGCAGUAAAAGAAGAAGGUCUUUAAGAUUAAUUGAUAUCUGUAGUAAUUUAAAAAAUGGAGGCCAGUUUAGAAAGACAAAAAAAUGAACUAGUACGUAAAAAAGCAGAUAACGAAAUAAAACUUAAAGACUUGGAUGAUAGAAUUCUUAAAAUGCUCCAAGAAACAAAAGGAUAAUUAAUUGACGAUCUUGAUUUAAUUAAGGCACUCUAAGUAGCUAAAGAAACUGAAGAAGAUGUAAGACAUUAAAUAGAAGCUGGAGCUGCUUAAAUGACCAAAACUAUGAAUUUAAGAAAGCACUAUGUAGGCUUAGCUA